UAAAGUUUAUUCAAAGUCCCUCCGCCGCAGCAAUGGCUGCCCCCAUGUCCUGGAGGAGGCUGGUGCACUCCGUGUACUCACCGGCCAUCGCCGGGGUCCUCACCCGAAUAUCUGACCGGCUCUUCCGUGCACGGGACAGAAGAGGGGGGUCGUCUGUGCUGCUGCUGGCCCCCCUCCUGGCUGAAGCUGACCCAGCCCCCCGAUGCGUCUCCAGGCCCACAGGGUCAGCCGGAGCUCAGGGCACAGACGGCCUCUGCACACACUUCCGAUGGAUGGCGGAGCAUGUACCCGCCUUCCGGGUGCCAGGCACCCACAUCCACAUCCUCACCUCACCUGACCAGUUCUACCAGGCCAUGAAGGCGCGAAUCAAGACUGCGAAGAGGCGAGUGGUGAUGGCCUCGUUGUAUCUGGGAACAGGUCACCUGGAGCAGGAGCUGGUGGACUGUAUGGAGGAGGCUCUACAACGCUCACAGGACAGCAGUCAUGCUCCCGACCUAAAAGUCUCCGUACUGCUGGACUACACUCGCGGCUCACGAGGAGAAGUUAACUCGAGGACCAUGCUGCUGCCGUUGUUGCAGCGCUUUGCCUCUCAGAUGCGGGUGUCUCUGUACCACACUCCAGACCUGAGGGGGCUGCUGCGGCUGCUGGUCCCUCAGCGCUUCAACGAGACCAUCGGAGUCCAGCACAUCAAAGUUUACCUGUUUGAUGACAGCAUCAUCAUCAGUGGGGCCAACCUGAGCGACUCGUACUUUACCAAUAGACAGGACCGCUAUGUGCUGCUGGAGAACUGCAGGGAGGUCGCCGACUUCUUCUCAGACCUGGUGGAGGCCGUGGGAGACGUUUCGCUGCAGCUGCAGCCCGAUGACUCGGUCAGCAUGCUGGAGGGCAUGGUGCACCCGUACAAAGGCAACAGGCAGGACUUCUCGGCAGUGGCCAGGAAGAGGAUCAUGGAGGUGUUGAGCGCUGCCCAUGUGAGACAGCGGCUGCUGAACGAGUCGGAGGACUCUGAGGACGAGGGGAUGAGCGAGGGGGGGGAGGAGGACACCUGGGUGUUCCCUCUGGUCCAGAUGAAACCUCUCGGGAUCCAGGUGGACGAGCAGGUUACACAGCGCCUGCUGACAGACGCCGGGCCGGACUCCACUGUGUUUCUAACAUCGGGUUACUUCAACCUGACCCGGGCAUACAUGCGGCUGGUGCUCGGGGCCGGAGCCAGCUACCGCAUCCUCACCGCCUCCCCCGAGGUCAACGGGUUCUUCGGAGCCAAGGGCGUCGCCGGAGCGAUCCCCGCAGCUUACAUCCACAUCGCCAGACAGUUUUAUAACCAGGUGUGCCAGCUGGGCCAGCAGGAGAGAAUACACCUGCACGAGUACCACAGAUCACAGUGGACCUUCCACGCCAAAGGUCUGUGGUAUUACCUCCAGGGGCAGGAUCGGCCUUGCCUCACUCUAAUUGGCUCCCCUAAUUUCGGUUACCGCUCGGUUCACCGUGACCUGGAGGCCCAAAUCGCUAUAGUAACGGAGAACGAGGAGCUGCAGAGCCAGCUGCAGGAGGAGCAAGAGAUGUUGUACCAGCGCUCCACAGAGGUGUCUGAUUCUACGUUUGAGCAGCCGGACCGCCACGUCAAGCUGUGGGUGAAACUAGUCACACCCCUCAUCAAGAACUUCUUCUGAGAUGCCACCAGCAGGAGGCUUCGGUUUUCUACGGUCCCGAGGUUGAAGGUCUCGGUGGAGGUCCGCCCGCUCGUGCAGACGGGACACUCGUGUACCAGCAGCAUGCUGGGAUUCAUCAGCUUCACCUCCACUAUCAGCGUGUCCCAGGAAGUGACUCACACACACACACACACACACACACACACACAGGAGAGGAUGUGUGUGGUGAAUUCAGCGGGUAAAUCUUCAUUUUAAACACCAGAUCCUGUGGUUUACCUGUUCAACUGUUACUCCGUUAGUUUAUUUAACACCUGACGUCAUCACACUGUGGAUUUCUGUUUCUUUAGUUUUACUAACGACAGGCAUUUCAAACAAAAAAAAAACUACUGCUACUACUGCACACACUUCUCUACAGGUACAUCCUGCAUGUAUAUGGUAGAAAUAGAGACUGUGGUGGAGAACAGACGGGUGUGGUGAAGAAUUAAAAUCCCUUCAGGAGCCUUAAUAACAGAUUUCAAGAGAGAGUUUACAGCAGCGUUCAAAGCUAACUGUACAGUGUCUAUGUGUUAUUAUCUUUGUAAAUUAAAGGACGACGUGGAGAGUUUUUAAAAUGA